AUGGAGGCAAUUAGAAUACAAGUUUUAUUUCAUAAAAUAUUUUUUUCUUGUCCCUUUUUUUUUGUAGUGCCAGCCGUGGGAAAUUUCACAGACGAACAAGAACAACGUGGCGCCUUGUUGCCACAGGAUACCCGUGAAUAUCCUUUACAAAGUAAUGAAUAUCAUCAUAAUAAUAAAAAUGGUGGUAAAAUGCCAACAACAAAUGUUAAUGGCGAACGCAACUACAAUAAUGGACCGCAAUUAAUCGCCCCCAAACCCAUCGAUCAAGAGCCCUCCGAAGAAAAUUUCAUUGGUGUUGUUAUUGUGGUAUUAACCACUAUCAUUAUCUUAUUGGUGGCCAUUAUAUUGUUCAUUGUGUCGAGAACAAAACGAGCUCGUGGCAGUAAUGUUUUGGAUGCAUUCCAAUAUAGUUUUAAUCCCAAUACAUUGGGUGGCAAUGUCGAUAAACAUCGUCCCAAUGGCACAGGAAUUAAAGCCAGCGUUGAUGAUAAUGAUUCAAUUGGUAAAAACAGUCUAUACCAUGAACCCUUUAAUGUAAAUAUGUACACAAGUGGGGUAAAUGGUUAUGCGGCCGUUAAUGAUUUACAAUGUAAUAUGACACCAGACUAUACAGACGUCCCAGAAGGCGGUUACGCUGUGCCACAUAUGCAAGAUUAUAUGCCCACAAAAAUGUCCAACUCAACGCCGGGCGGUUAUGUUAAUGUACGUCGUACACCACCACCACCCUUGAGCAGUAUAUUCCCAAGGCCACCACAAGUGCCACCGCCACCAAUGGAAAAAUAUUAUGCUACCACAGCGAUAUUUAAGCCCAUCAAGGGCCACAGUGGCAGCAAUACUAUGAGCAGUAAAGCCAGCAGUAAUCUAAGUAAUGAACAUAAUUAUGAUGAUAAUAUGGGUACAAUGAAUUCACAAUCAACGGCACCCAUGAUAAAUAAUCCCUACAAUACAUCAACAAUGGGUGGUGGUGGCAGUGGUGUCAUGAAUACUUCAAAUAAUAGUGAUAAUAUGCAAUUUCAAAGGGCUAGAACCUAUAAUUUCCGUAGUUAUCCAGACAAUCUUUAGUUUGAAGCACAACUACAACAACAACAGCAGCAGCAGCAACAAACAACAAAUACUACAACAAUAAAUAAAUUGCAAGCAAAAUGUAAAGAACAAAACUCUCUAAACAAUCAUUUUAGCCAUAAUUUAGCAACAACUGCAACAGCAACAAAUAAAACAAUUAGUAGUAAUAAUGGUGGUUUAAUAAUAAAAGAUUUUAACAAUCAACAACAGCAACAAAAACAACAACAACCAA